AUGGCCUUCAGCCUCUAUGCCGUCGCCACCUUCGCCUUUGUGGUCGCCAGCCUGGCCGAGGACCCCGCCGCUGUGUCUGCCCCAGAGCCGGCAGCCGCGGAGCCCGGCCAGGCGUGGUCGAGCACCUACGAGCUCGGGGAUGCUGUGGUCGACAAGGUGCAGCUGUGCUGUAUGUCCUGA